GGGAUUAGUUGUGCAAAAUGUUAUCUUGUCUAUUAGUCAUUUACCCAUAUAUGGUUAAUAAUUAUAUUUUGUGUGCGCGUAUCGGUCAUCAUAUUACUUAGUGAUAUCUAUGUACAGCAGUUGCAGCAGAGUUGUAGAAGCUAUAACCUGCACCCGUAAGCCUCAUAAAAAUGGCAGCACAUCAGUUAAAUAUAUUGGAUUUAAAUGAUUAUUGUCUUGGCCGCAUUCUAAAGUAUCUGGAAAUCGAAGAUCAUGUUAAUUUUGGACAAGCCUGCACACGUUUUCGGGAGGCCUUAAGAGACUGGUCCUACGUACUCUAUCCAGUGUUUGAGAUAAGACGAAGUGAAGACAUCAAAUUGCAAUUAAAACUCUUCUUCAUUGUUUGUGAUGUCGUUAAAAAACUGUUUCUGGAUAUUGGGGAAAGCACAUUACAAGGCGGCUUUCCUGUCGAUCAAUUCUGCAAUCAUGUCCAGAGCAUGGACAGCUUGGAAUGCUUCAUCAUCAACGAAGGAACCGGCCUGGGGCGAAUGUUUAAAACAGCGAAUUCUGUGCGUGACCGAAUAAUAGAGAAAACAUUUAAGGCCCUGGAGCACUUGCCGAAAUUGAAGAGCAUUAGUGUAACGUGUGGAGCCAACAGUUACGACGCGAGCUGCUUGAUUCAGAUGAAAUGCCUGCAAGAGCUUUCAUUAAAUACCAAAAUAGCUGCAGAGGAUCUUGUUGAGAUAUGCAAAUCGAAUGCGAAUCUGCGUGUUUUGUGGUUACGCGAGGUUGUCGGCGAGCUAAACGAUAUUGUGCCGCAUUGCCAGAACCUGGAAGAAAUUGUUUUUCCAAUGUUCAGCAGUCACACAACAUACGCUGGACUUGCGGAGCUGCCGAACAUAAAGAAAAUAGUCAUAAAAUCCACAAAUUCAACUUCGCCUUGCGCUAAGCUUAUUGAGCUCUUCAGCGCAUUUGCAGCUCAACGGCAAAACACCCAAUUACAAAGCUUGAUAUUGCUCUCAAGUUUGAACUUUGAAGAGACCACCAAACUAAUCGAAUUAAAAUUCUUAAAAGAACUGCGCUGUUCAUUCGAAGAUGCAAGCUGCAUUGAUCUCUUGACCGAUCUAACUGAACUGGAAGGUCUUUACAUUAUGCUGGGCCGCUCUGGAGCUGGCUCCAAGGAAUGCUUAAAUGUUCUCAAAUCUUGCAAAAUACUGCAGCGUCUGCACAUAAACUCUAAUCUGUCGACAGACUUUGUAGAUAAGGCGCUGGAAGUAUUGCGAAAAGUUCGCAAUACCGAAAAGCAAAAGCCAUUACAAUUGUAUUCCACAGGUGUUAUGCAUCUGUGCGAGGAAGGAGAGGAGAAACUGGUUGACAAUGCAUACUGUUCUAUAGUGAAUCACUCAGAGUAUCUACGUCCACUGCCCUGGAGACUUUCAAUCUAAUCAUGGAAUAGAUAAGGACUACUCAAUGCCAAAUAUGGCAGUGCUUUAUCUAAUAUCAAUAAAAACACGGGAAACAUAUUUAUAUAACUUUAACAAGCAGAUUAAGGAAAAUGUUCGCGUAUUGCUGAGAAACACAGCAGUUGUAACAGAGCUGUAGGAGCUAUAAGAAGCUGUAAGACUAUAAGACGUAUAAUAUGGAAUCGAAACUGUUGAAUAUAAUGGAUUUAAAUGACGAUUGUCUUGGUUGCAUACUUAAAUAUCUGGACAUUGAAGAUC